AUGGGUCGGCGCAAGCGCAAUCUAAAAAGAGAGGGCAAUCCCGAAAAAAGUAAAAACCUUUCGUACCUUUGUACGUUUGUACACAUAGACGACACUAUCCGUUCGUGUGUUCAUGCGCACGAGCGUAUGAACAAACAGCACGAACCACCAAUUACGUGGUGCAUGCAUCCCCUGCCAAACUGGGAUCCAUAUGUGCAUGCAUACAGUGAAAACCAGGCAUAUGAAACACCAUUAUCUCACAAAAGCUGUAUAAAUGAACAAAAAAGAGAGGGAAAAAAUAAAAAGAGAGAGAAAGAGAAAAUGAACGAAGACCAAGAAGAAAAAAGGAAAAUAAAGAUGAAAAUAAAUAAAAAUAAAAUAAAUAAUAAAUAA